CGCAAGCGUGACGACACAGUAAGGGCAAUUCAGACACCCCGCCUGCCUCCGCGUACUCCCCAUCCCUACAUUUUCAGACCCCCCUCGACUGCCUCUCUUUUUAUCAUCUCUCUUAUAUCUUCCUCUCUCUCUUGCUGCAUUUCCUUCUCUCUUGCUCUCUGUCUCUCUCUAGAGCCUCCCUGUUUCCAAUGGCUUAUUAUGCAGACCAAAUACAAAGGAGAACAGCACUGAUCACUGGUCACCUGCUCCAUGAACGCAGUCAUUCCUCUUCUCUCGAAGCCUCACCAUGUCUGCAAUUCACCCCUCCUGAAGUGUCUGAGGGCUCCUUUUCCUUCGACAAUUUGGAGCUUCGGAGGCUUUUGGAUGGGCACCACGUCGAAGAGAGAGAUUGGCUUCUCAAUCUCAUGGCUGGAUGCAAUUACUUUUGCCCUAGGGAAAUUGGGGGCAAGGUGUUUGUGGGUGCAGACUAUAACCAGAGCAUGAAGCAACAGAGGGAAGUGACGAUGAAGAGGAUUUCCUUUCUGCUCAGCAAUGGGGUUUUUGAGGGUUGGCUUACUCGUAAGGGUGUGGAGGCUGAGCUGAAGAAGCUUGCGUUUCUUGAGUGCCUUGGGAUUUUUGAUCAUUCUCUUUCUAUUAAGCUCGGAGUCCAUUUCUUUCUCUGGGGUGGUGCAAUCCAAUUUUUUGGUACGAAGAGACACCAUGAUAAAUGGCUGAGAGACACAGAAUGCUAUGCUGUCAAGGGUUGUUUUGCUAUGUCUGAGCUUGGCCAUGGAAGUAAUGUUCGUGGAAUAGAAACUGUCACCACUUACGAUUCAAACACAGGAGAGUUUGUUAUAAACACUCCUUGUGAAUCUGCUCAGAAAUACUGGAUUGGAGGAGCUGCCAAUCAUGCAACGCACACAAUUGUUUUUUCUCAGCUCCAUAUAAAUGGAACCAACCAAGGUGUUCACGCAUUCAUUGCACAAAUCAGAGAUGCUGAAGGAAAUAUAUGCCCAAACAUCCGCAUAGCUGAUUGUGGUCAUAAAAUAGGACUAAAUGGAGUUGAUAAUGGUCGAAUAUGGUUUGAUAAUGUUCGGAUACCUCGUGAGAACAUACUAAAUUCAGUUGCUGAUGUUACCCCAGAUGGACAGUAUGUUACUGCAAUAAAAGACCCAGAUCAGAGGUUUGCAGCCUUUCUUGCCCCAUUGACAUCUGGUCGUGUUACUAUAGCUGUAAAUGCAAUUUACCAAUCUAAGAUUGGAUUAGUGACUGCAAUUAGAUAUGCGCUGACCAGGCGAGCUUUCUCUGUCAUUCCCAAUGAGCCUGAAGUGCUAUUGCUCGACUACCCAAGUCAUCAGCGCCGACUUUUACCUUUGCUUGCAAAGACAUUAGCCAUGAGCUUUGCAGGAAACGUUCUGAAGAAAAUAUAUGUAAAUAGGAGCCCUGCAGCUAUCAAGACAAUACAUGUUAUUUCCAGUGCCUUCAAGGCCACAUUCACCUGGCAUAACAUGAGAACACUUCAGGAAUGCCGUGAAGCUUGUGGUGGACAAGGAUUGAAAACCGAGAACCGUGUAGGCCAUUUGAAAGCUGAACAUGAUGUGCAGUCCACAUUUGAGGGUGAUAACCAUGUGUUAAUGCAACAGGUCAGUAAGGUACUCCUGGGAGAUUAUAUGGCUGCUCAAAAGACGAAGAAACCAUAUAAAGGAUUGGGCUUGGAGCACCUGAACGAACCGAGCCCUGUGAUCCCAUCUGUAUUGACCAGCUCUGUCUUAAGGAGCUCCCAGUUUGAGGUUGGACUUUUCUGCCUGAGGGAGCGUGAUCUAUUGGGGCGCUUUGCAGCUGAAGUUUCUCAGUACAUGUCACAGGGAUACCAUAAAGAGAAUGCUUUCAUGUUGACCUAUCAACUUGCCGAAGAUUUAGCGAGGGCCUUCACAGAACGUACGAUACUGCAAUACAUUUUGGAUGUUGAAACAUCUAUGCCUGGCGGUCCUCUUAAGAAUGUGUUGGGGCUUCUCAGGACAAUGUAUGCUGUGGUCACCAUAGAGGAAGAUGCUUCAUUUCUUCAAUAUGGAUACCUCUCAUCAGCAAACUCCAUAACCAUCAGGAAGGAAUUAAUGAAGCUUUGCAGUGAGCUAAGGCCACAUUCACUAGCCCUAGUCAGUUCAUUUGGGAUUCCUGAUGCGUAUCUAAGCCCAAUAGCAUUUGACUGGAUCGUUGCCAAUUCCUGGGCUUCUGUUCAGCCCUGAGAAUUCUCUCUCUCUGCUGUUGCCUUUCCAUAAAUGCGAUGGCCACAAUCAAGCAUUCUGUCUUGUUUGCAGCAUUGCUUGUGUGGUACCCACCCCAAAAUAAUGUUUUGAGUUUUUGCCACCCUAUGGCAAAUCAAGGUUAUGACAAUAAAGGUUCUCCACAUUUCCAACACUAAGAGCUUUGCAAGUCAUCUUGAGCCAACUUUGUUCUCUUGUACGAAUCUUGUUCCCGCCUACGUACCAUCAUGUUUGUUUCA